GUUUGACAGCUGGACAGCCAAACAUGGCGGCGGUAGCUAGCUGAAGCUACCUCCCCUUCUUCACCUGCGUCGUUUAUCGCCACCGUCAGCAGUCAGGAAGUAACCGGGGGCCCCGGGGAGGACUCACGGAAGCACACGGACGGUAAAAGUCGCCCAUGUCAACUCGCCUUUGACCGGGUUCGAAAGCAGCCGGUGUGCGGUAUGUGAGGUUGUGUGGGUUAUUUGAAGCGAGCAGCGAGCGGAGCCAACAACAGAGGCCGAGGGCGGAGUGUUUGCUUCAGGCUGCUUUUCUACACCUGUCCGCCAACAUGACUCUCAGGUUCAUCUCCGUGUGAACACUUUCCUUCCUAAACCCCGCCCCUCCCUGCCUGACGAUGUCAUCGCCACCAUCGAAGCCCUUCACCACCUCCCCCAGUCCUGGGCUGACAUCUUUGACGGCCCUGGACUCUCUGUCCAUGUCCUCCCUCCUGUCCGAGGACAGAGACGGGGAGGAGGGGGAGGAGGAGGAAGGUAGUGGUCUCGGAGACCUGGAGGUGAACCCGUACGAUGGUUUGCCGUUUUCCUCUCGCUACUACGCCCUGCUGGAGGAGCGGCGGCGGUUUCCCGUGUGGAGGCUCCGGCAGAGUCUGCUGGAGCAUCUGGAGAGUCACAGCAUGGUGCUGCUCAGCGCCCCCAGUGGAAGUGGGAAGAGCACGCAGGUUCCACAGUGGUGUGUUGAGUUCGCGCUGUCCUACGAGUUCUCCCACGGCCUCGUCUGCUGCUCGCAGCCGCAUUCGGUGGCAGCGGUGAGUCUGGCGCUGCGUGUGGCUGACGAGAUGGACCUCAGCCUCGGUCUGGAGGUGGGAUACCGGGUGUCUCACGAUGACGGCUGCACACCUGACACCCUGCUCAGGUUUGUCAGCGACACUCUCCUGUUGGAGGAGAUGAUGUCGGACCCUCUGCUGCAUCAGUACGGCAUCGUGGUGCUGGACGAGCUCCAGGAGCGCACCGUGCCCACCGACGUGCUGCUGGGCCUGCUGUGCGACGUCUGCCGCCAGAGGCCCGACAACUUCCGGGUGGUCCUCCUCACUCACCCGGCGCUGGCGCCGCGUCUCGCCACCUUCCUCGGAGCCUCCGUUCCUCACCUCGCGCUGGACGACCCGCUCGCUGACCCCACUGCCAGAGACGAGCAGGAGGAGGAGGAGGAGGGAGGAGAAGGGGCUGGAAUAAAGAAGGACAGGACGACUGUGGAGGUGAAGAAGGUGGAGACGAUGUACAGGGAGCUCUCUCCCGGGAAGGAACCUGUUGCUGCUGCUUGUCACAUGGUGCUGGAUCUGCACAGAAGACGAGAGGAAGGAGACGUGAUGGUGUUUCUGGCCAGUCCACAGGAAAUAGACGAGUGUGCGUCUCUGCUGGAGAAGGAGUGCGUCGCUCUCAGUCCUCAGCUCGGUUCGCUCAGGGUUCUCCCGCUCCACGCCGGACUGGGAGCUCUGACCCAGCGCGUCUACGAAUCUGAGCCCGAAUCGUCCUCCGCGCUGAAGGAAAGCGACGGCGUGGACGGAGGCCCGGCGCCCGGAGCUGCGGGUUCUGGUGUCAAGAGGAAGGUCAUUCUGAGCGACACGCUGUCGGAGGCGUCGUUCUCCCUGCCCGCCGUCCGCUACGUCGUUGACACGGGACUUCAACUCAAAACUGUUUACAAUCCACAAAUAAGAGCAAACUCGCAGGUUCUGAGGACGAUCAGCAAACACCAGGCUGACAUGAGAGCCCAGAGAGUCAACAGCAAACUUCCCGGCCUGUGUCUCCGUCUCUACCCCCGGUCUCUGUACGAUAAGGGGAUGUUGGAGGCUCACUGUGCGGGCGUGACGGAGGAGAACCUCAGUCACCUGGUGCUGCUGCUCAAGAGGCUCGACAUCGCCGACAUGGGACAGUGCAAGUUCCUGGACAGACCAGCCCCCGAGGCGCUGAUGCAGGCCCUGGAGGACCUGGACUACCUGGCGGCACUGGACGACGACGGUAACCUGUCGGAGGUGGGCAUCAUCAUGUCGGAGCUGCCGCUGGAGCCGUCGCUGGCCAAGGCCGUGAUCGCGGCCUGCGAGUACGACUGUGUGGACGAGCUGCUCACGAUAGCAGCCAUGCUAACGGCUCCGUCGUGUUUCCUGAUGGCUGAAGCCAACAGAGAGGAAGCUGCUGUGACUCACUGGCGCCCUCUGAUGCACACAGAGGGAGAUCACAUGACUCUGAUAAACAUCUAUAACGCCUUCACAGAGCAUAAUCAGGACGAGGCGUGGUGCACGGCCAACUUCCUGAGCCACGCCUCCUUGCGGUUGGCCGCAGUGAUCAGGGCGGAGCUUCUGGAGGUGCUGCAGCGGAUAGAGCUUCCCGUUUCCCCUCCGGCCUUCGGGUGUCAGGACAACUGCACGAAUAUCAAACGUGCGCUCAUCUCAGGAUUCUUCCUCAAAGUGGCUCAUGACGUGGACGGUUUAGGGAACUACCUCCUGCUGACUCACCGUCACGUGGCUCACCUGCAUCCCUUCUCCUCCUACCUGUGUCGCCAGCCGAGCCCCGCCCACCCGAGCUGGGUCCUCUACCACGAGUUCACCAUCUCACACGACAACUGCAUCCGCAUCGCCUCCGAAGUUCACCCGCAGAUGCUCAUGGAGCUCGUGCCUCAGUACUUCCUCGGAAACCUGCCGCCGAGCGACGGCAAAGAGCUGCUGAUGGAGCUGAGGCAGAGGCUGCGCGGCGACGAGCAGCAGGACAGAGGGACGGACGAGAGCGGCCGCGCUCACCGAGACGCCGACGCCCACAGUCAGCCAUCCGCCGACCUCUGCGCGCUCCAGUGAGACGCAGCCGCUCAGGAGAAGACUCUUCAAACGCUUGAUCUGAGAUUUUGAAGUCUGUGAAAACUCAAGCUUUUUUUGGGACUUUUUAAAACUGAAAACACUAAUGUACAGUAAAAUAUUGUUAAUAUAUCCUCUGUACAGUGACUUUUUUUCCCCCACUGUCUCCGUCUUGUGUCGUCUCGUGUCGUCACGUGUCUUUGCUGAACAUUUCUAAGUGUUGUUUUUUUUUUUUUAUGAGGGAUUUUGACGUUUGUUGUCACUGUUGCACAAGAAAAAAUAUAUUUUUAAAUUAAAAGUGUGGGGAAAAAAAGGUGAAGGAUGUUAAAAGCAAUACAAACUGUUCAUGGAGCUAAGACGCGCGACCUCUGGCGUCUCCACAGACGCAGCUUCUCAGGUUUCAGUGUGAACUUUUAAUGUUUCUGCCUUUUCACGUCUCUCUCUGUGACUCGAUGAAGAAUCUCUUUGUAAAGUGGAUUUUUUACUUCUUAUUUAAAAGGAUGUAUUAGUCUGUGAACACUGAGCUUUAAAUAAAAGUAAAAAAAUU